UGAUUGUGCACGAUCCAUGCCCACAGAAUGGCCUUGCUUUGUAUCUGAUACUGGUUAACUGUUAUCUGGAUUUUAUAACAUAGCCAGCCUAUGAUAUCAUUACCAGUAGUCUUGCUCUCUGUGCUUUGUGAUCCAUGCUAAUGCAUGCUGUGGACACAUGACCGCAUGAACAUCAUUAUAUAACGAUUGCAUGGGUUUUAUACACUGACCACUGUGGGCCCACACACACUGUACACACUGCAGGCAGGAGCUUUACACAGGCAGAGAAUAGAGGCAAAAGGUCAGUAUAAGAGAACCAGUUGCACCCCUACAUCCCUUGCAGUCAUUAGCUUGGUAACAUGGCCGUACCAGAAGUAAAGUACUCACAGUUGUUUAUCAACAAUGAGUUUGUGAACUCUGUGAGUGGGAAGACAUUCCCCACCAUCAACCCAACGACGGGAGAGAAAAUCUGCGACAUCCAAGAAGGGGAUAAGGCAGACAUUGAUUUGGCGGUCAAAGCUGCAAAGGAGGCUUUCAAACGUGGGUCACCAUGGAGAACUAUGGAUGCCUCAAAGAGAGCAGAAUAUCUCUUGAAGUUGGCCGACUUACUUCAGAGAGACGUGGAAUAUCUGGCAUCUUUGGAGACAGUGGACAAUGGUAUGAUCAUUACAAUGAGUAGAGGCAGUGUGAAUCGAGCUGUUGGGAUGAUUCGCUACUAUGCUGGAUGGGCUGACAAGAUACACGGGAAGACCAUUCCCCUUGAUGGUAAACUCUUCUGCUACACACGCUAUGAGCCCAAGGGCGUAAUUGGUGCCAUCACGCCCUGGAAUUUUCCAAUAGCAGUUAUGAUGCGCAAGGUGGCGACAGCCCUUGCCUGCGGUAACACCAUCGUGGUCAAGCCUGCAGAACAGACACCACUCACAGCUUUAUACAUCGCUUCUCUGGUCAAAGAGGCAGGUUUCCCAGCUGGUGUUUUCAACGUUGUCCCUGGGUAUGGACCAACGGCUGGUGCCUCCCUCUCAGAACACAUGAAUGUUGAUAUGGUUACAUUCACUGGCUCCGUACAGGUUGGCAAGUUGAUUCAGCAAGCAUCAGGUCGGAGUAAUCUGAAACAUGUAGCCCUUGAGCUCGGAGGGAAGAGCCCUAACGUGGUCUUUGCUGAUGCAGAUUUGGACUAUGCUGUAGAGGUGAGCCACGGUGCACUGUUCUGCCACUCGGGGCAAGUCUGCUGUGCAGGAACUAGGACCUACGUCCAGGAGGGCAUCUAUGAUGAGUUUGUUAAGAAGAGUGCUGAGCGUGCACAGAAGAGAAUCACUGGAAACCCUUAUGAUGAGAAGACAGAGUCUGGACCUAUUAUUGACACAGACCAGGUUAGCAAAAUAAUGGAGCUAAUUGAAAGUGGCAAGAACGAGGGAGCUAAGCUGCAGUGUGGAGGAAAGCGCAUCGAAGGGAAGGGUAACUUCAUCGAGUCGACCGUCUUCUCAGAAGUGACUGAUGAUAUGAAAAUUGCCAGAGAAGAGAUCUUUGGUCCCGUUCAGCAGAUCAUCAAGUUUAAAACUCUAGAGGAGGUUAUUGAUCGAGCUAACGAUACAGAGUUCGGUCUCGCCGCUGCCGUCAUCACCAAAGACAUUGAUAAAGCUCUUGCAAUCGCCAACAGCGUUCGGGCCGGAGUCGUUUGGGUCAACACGUAUGGAGUGGUCGACCAUCAUGCUCCGUUUGGAGGCUACAACAUGUCUGGUGUUGGACGGGAAGGGGGUGAAGAAUCACUCAGUGAAUUCUGUGAGAUAAAAACGGUUGUCAUCAAAGUUCCCGAGAAGAAUUCCUAGAAAGAUCCUAGAGAGUUGUUCUACACAAUGCAGCAAUUGAUGAAGAUCCUGUCUUUAUGUCAGAGUACAUGGGCAAUCAGUCAUGUCCCAAAUUUACCAAUAAAUGACGGCAAUAAUUAAAUUUUAUGUAGUACUAUAUUCUUUUCUUUUCAAUUAUGAAAUUCAUAUUUCUUGAACGGAUAGUUUUUUAUCCAUUAAGCAGAGCCCCAGAUCAUCCACAACUUCAAAUACCUUACAAGGAGUCAAACAAGAGACUACCAAUGUUACACCACAUAAUAUGUACAUGUAUGUAUACCCACAUUUUAGCCCUGGCUGCCUUACACUUUUAUAUUAUACUACAGUGACGUACUUGAUGACAGGGUCCAUUUUUGGGGCGGAAAAUUUGAAAAGCUUCAUAAAUCAAAUCUCCCCUGCAAGAAGCCACAAAUUUCCACAGAUUCACAUCCUAUGGCAGCAUACAUUUUUCUGUGGUGGGUUACAGAUUACAAGUUACAGAUUUGUGAGGAAUAUUUGACGACCAAAACCCAGCGCAGAAAAAUGUAUGCUGCCAUGGUCGGAAUGUGAAUCUCUUUCAAUUAGUUGGCUUCUUGCAGGUAAGAUUUGAGUCAUGAAGCUUUAAAAAACUUCCGCCCCAGAAAUGCGCCCUAUUAAUUAGGACUGCUGUGUACAGCACAGAGGAAGAGUCCUAUAUAGGGCUAACCAACAUUUACGUGUUUGUGAUGGUAACAGUGACUUGAUGGACAAAGGGCAGAGACUCGCAUGUCCAAGUUACAAUAUAAUCCACAAUCAGUCUGAUACAUUAAUGGAGGCAACAAAGGCCUUCAUCAAAGCUUCAUCAGAGCAUACUGAUCGAAACGUCGUUGAAAUCAACGGUUCUUUU